UUUUCUGUGUGCAGGCAACUCAGUAAUGAAAGUCAAAAAUUUUACAAAUCCGCUUCUGAGCAAAAAUAAUGACGGAGUCCAUUAGAGUUUGUCUGCAUUGUAAACUACUUGGUUUAGUUUAAUUUUGUUCAUUUACUCAUUUAGAGGAAUACAAUUAGUGCUUGUUUUGUGACUACUUGUGAAGAUGUAUAGAAAUAAAAAGGACGUCGACAAACACGUGGAGAGUUUGAUGUUCAAAUUGUCGCCCAAAGACUUCAAUACUAGAGCAUAUUCCAUCGCGCGGUUGUAUUUCGAGGUGGGGGAUUAUGGAAGCUGUCAAAGAUAUGUCGAACAAUAUCUCACCCAAAAAUCGAACAACGCUGCCGCUCAUAAACUACUCGGACAGGCGUUCCAAAAGCUAGGACAAAAGGAAAAAGCUAUUGAGCAGUUUAAAAUAUCCCUUGAUAUCGAUCCCACGCAAACAAGUACUAUCUUGGAUGUUUGUGCAUUAUUAGCAGAAGAUGAUGUUACUAUUGAUUUGGGUCGAGCAAAAUAUUGGUGUGAAAAAGCUGAAACUGUGUUUCCUAAACAUCCUGUAACAUUUAAUUUACGUGAAAAACUCUUAACUAUUGCCAAUCCAGAUCCAGAAGCUUUAAUAAAGUUGUUGAAAACAGAAUUGGAAUUGAGACCAAAAGAUGCUGUGCUCCAUGCCCGUCUAAUUAAGCAUUUGCUUCAUAAUAAUAACAUCAAAGAAGCUUAUGACCACAGUUGCAAUAUUGAGUUUGAUAAAAAGUUUUUCUCAAACUACUAUGAGUGGUAUACAAGUCUUUCUGAAAUUCUGAAGUACAAUCCCUUAUCAACAAAUGAUUGGUUAUACCAAUUACUCUUAUUAACAGUAAAAGAGAGGCUUUGUGUUUUAAGUCUAACUGAAACCUCACUCUUCACAACAAACUCUUCCUCUAAAAGUGUGGUAGAGUCAAGUAAUCUUCUCCAUGAUUAUGACCAAGCCAUUGAUAGUGUAGUGAAAACUGGGGCAUCUUCUGGUUCUUCUGAAUUUCACAAUAGUCUUUUACAACACCACAGAGGCCAGUUGGCAUUUCAUACAGCUACAUAUUUGCUGAAAAAAGCAAAAAAAGGACAACUUCAUUGGAGAGAGGCUAAGGAGUGUUCAACUCCUUUGAUGCUUAUCGCUUGGCAAACCAUUCCACUUGAUUCUAAAGUCAACUGGUUAGUUCAUGCGCCAGAGAAACAACAGAGUGCUGUACAUCGUUGGUAUCUGGAGGGAUCAUAUAGAUGUUCUCAAUCUGGCCACUUUUUCAUAGCUAAUAUGCAAGAUAAAAGUCAAGUUAUUUUAGAUCAAAUCUCACAAUUUUGCUCUGGAACACAGUGGAAAGACAAAUUUUAUGAAAAACUAUUUCCGGCAUCAGAACAACUUGCUAAAAAGACAACCUCCUAUUUAAUGUCAGUCCAAUUUAAUGUUCUCUCAUUUAGACUACCAAGAAAAGCAGAAGUACAGGCUUAUGAUGAUGAUGCUCAAAGAGAAUAUCCUAAUUCUCUUCACCAUUUUGUGUGGAUGCUUCUUAAUUAUAAAAAUUAUGCUGAAUUUAAAAGCACUUUGUUUGAUAUGCUAAGCCCAAAUGCAAUUGCAACCAGCUGUGGGCCAGAAACACUUAAUAAAAUGGAUAUCCUUGCUUUUCUGUUUAGUGCUACAUUAACAGCACAAAAAUUAAAAGACAAAUCUGUCUCUACAGAAAGGGCAGAUCUCCUUCCAGCUAAUAUUACUGAACUUUUGUGUUCCCUCCCUCAAAUUAAAUGGUGGGACUGUGCAUACAAAUUCAGUCAAAAUGAGCUGGGUGUGGAAUAUACUGAUAUAAGAUCUACAUUAAGUCGUGGAAUUGAAGUUUUGCGUUGCAUUGACAACCAUGGUUUAGAUCCUGAGUUAUUAUGCAAACUAGGGCAAAUUUUCAUAAGUAAAGCUAAAAAGUCAAACAAUCCAGAAGAGAAGUAUAACCUAGAAAUUAGAGGUCAAUUGUAUUACUCUUCAGCUAUACCUCUUCUUGAGAAAUUAAAAUCUAACUCUGGUUUAAAAUUACCUGAAAAGAGAAUGUUUGAUUAUACACACAAACUGCUCAGUACAAAGGAAAUUAAUAUUUUAUUAGAAGAGAGCAAGGUUCAAGUAGCCCUUUCACAGCUUAAUGAAGGUGAAUAUGAAAAGGUUAUUAAUAUUUUAUCUAAUGUCAAAACACCCCAAGCUUACUACUAUCUGAGUGUAACAUAUAAAAAAAUUGCAUUAGUUGAAAGUAGUUUGUCAAAAAAUACUGAUGAUAACUAUGGAAGUUUAUUAAAUAAAGCUAAGCAAUUUGCAUAUAAAGCUUUGAAUAAAAUGAAAGAUUCAGACGACCCUGAAAGCAAUCCUCUGUAUUCUGAUAUACAAACAUUAAUAGAAGAUUUAGAAUCACGACUCAAUAGAAUUGAUAUUGAUUCAUCAGCUAACACAGUAAAUGAUGUUUCAUCAGAUGAGUUUAUUUCUCUUAAUGAAACUAGUAAAUUGCGUACAAGACCAAAACGACAUCAGAGUGUAAGUUCCACACCUAAACAAACAAGACACAAUGUUAAUGCGACAGCCUACCGUACUGCAAUAGAUUCGCAAACACUUGAUAGUGCUAAUGCAGACCAAGCAUUCUUAGAAAGGAUAGAGAAACAAAUUAAUAAUUUACAAAAAACUGAAGCCACAAUUAACAUUUUUAUGGAACAAACUAGAAACUGGUUUGACGAAAAUCGAAAAUUAGGUAACAAUAUAAUUAAUACAAUUAAUUCUCAUAUUGACAAUACAACUGAUCAAUUUAAAGGCCUAAAAAUAUCUGUAGAUCAAGUCAAAGAUCAAAUAGAUGAAUGCAGAAAUGAAUCCAAGGAUGUAGCAGAGUUGAAAAAACAAAUUGCAGAAUUAAAAAAAGAAGUGAUUAAACUCAAAAAAACUUCUGAUCAAGGUGUAGAUGAAAGUGAUCUGUAUAAUUUAGAAGACGAAUACAAACAAACAAACGAUAAUACGCCUUUUAGUGCUCAACUGCCAUUUCAACCUCCACAAGUUGUACCACCUUUUGCUCAACGGCUUAUGCCUCCUUUCUCUAUGCCAUCUAACCCUUAUCAACUAUAUGGACAAAAUUUCUACAAUCUCUUCAACCAAUAUUCGCAAUUUACACAGCCACCGACUGUGCCAGGUGCACCACAUAUAUUUGAUCCAACUAGAACUCCAAUGAACUAUCCAGGAGUUUAUCCUACGCCUGAUCAAAUGUAUCUUGACGUAGCGCAUCUUGUUCCUCCGAAUGUCCCAACUAUGCCUACCGUUCCUACAACUCAUAAUAUAGCCACUGUACCUACUGUACCUUCGACUUCUAUUACAACCAAAGCCACAGCUGUAUCUACAUCUAAAGUGCCUGAUUCAAAGGAAAUUCCGAAACCAUUACCUGUGAAUGUUGUAAUAACUUCUUCUGAUCCUUUACCAACGUGCACCACAGCGCCAGCGCCUGUGUUGAGUGUUACAAUUCCCCAGAAACAUAUAAAAGGUCAAAGUCCACAUAAUUAUCAAAUACCAUUGCCUUCUUCUAACGAUUGUAAGACAAUACCACCUCCUGUUUUUAACUUCCCUUCAUCUAACAAAUCGAGUGUCACUACAGCUUCAAGUAUUUUGAGUUGGAGUUCAAAAUUUUUAUCUUCUCAAGCGGAAAGUACUCUACCUAUACUUAGUGGUAACACAUUCAAAAGUUCAGACACUUCAGAAAAUGUUGUUGAUGGUCCGUUCGCAGGAUUUUCUCCUAAUACUAGUGCCAACAAAUCAAGAACUCUGUCGGAAAGAAGUAACACAUCUAUUGAAAAUUAUGAUCCAUGUCCUGAUUUUAAACCCAUUAUACCAUUACCUGCCGAAGUUAAAGUUACAACUGGUGAAGAAGAUGAAACAGUUAUAUUCAGUUCUAGAGCAAAACUGUUUAGAUUUGAUGAUAAGCAAUGGAAAGAGAGAGGCAUUGGUGAAAUGAAAUUGCUUAAACACAAAAUUACUGGCAAAGUUAGAGUACUUAUGAGAAGAGAACAGGUGCACAAAAUAUGUGCUAAUCAUAUAAUAUCACCAAAAAUGGAAAUAAAACCCAUGAAAAACGAGACUAAAGCUUAUUGUUGGGUUGCUCAUGACUAUGCUGAAGAGACUGUCAUUUUAGAAAAGUUUUGUAUACGAUUUAAAACUGCUGAAUUGGGUAAAGAAUUUUAUGAAACGUUCGAAAAGGCUCGUAAGGAGUCAUCUAAUCUGGCUGUAAAUGAUGUUAAAAAUAAUAGUAGUAUUUCUAAACCAAUUUUUGAAGUAAAUACUUCUAAGGUGAACUCUACUUUAAAAGAUACUACAACUGUCAGUCAGCCAGGGAAACCUGUAGUUGGUGGUUUUACUUUCAGCACUACACCGUCAUUCAAAGCUACUACAGAAGUAAACGAAAAUGAAACAAAGGUUGUUGAAGCUCCUAAAAAUAAAAUAAACGUAUUUAGUGGUCUCAACUUUAAUGCAGGAACUUCAUUCACAUUUGGUAAUAAUUUUAAUUUAUCUUCAACGGUAAAUAAGCAAGUUAUCAAAACACCAGACAACGCUGAUUCAACUACACUAAAUACUUCAGAUGUUGUUGAAGAGUUUGAACCAACAGCAGAAUUUAAACCAGUCGUACCAUUACCUGCUCUCGUUAAUCAAAAAACUGGCGAGGAAGAUGAAAUAACGUUAUUUGAACAUAGGGCUAAGUUGCUCCGAUUCGAUGCUGGGGAAAAGGAGUGGAAAGAAAGAGGCCUUGGUAACAUAAAGUUACUUGUGCAUAAAGAAAACAAUAAAAAAGUGCGUCUUUUGAUGAGACGGGAACAAAUUAUGAAAGUAUGUUGCAAUCAUUCUAUUACCAAAGAAAUGACAUUCCAAAAAAUGCCUAAUAUGGAUAAGGCAGUUACAUGGUGUGCUAAAGAUUUUUCAGAAGGGGAGUUAAUUUCAGAAACAUUUUGCUUACGUUUUAAAACUUCACAAAUAUGCGAUGAUUUCAUAGAAGCUGUUAAAGCAGCUCAAAUUAAAAUUGGCGAUGUAGCAAAAGCCGCCAAAGAAGAACAGAACGCUGCUAAGUAUAAUAAUCAAGUAGGAUUUGGUGAUAAGUUCAAACCUAAGCCAGGAUCAUGGUUUUGUGAAUCAUGUUACACGAAUAAUUUAGAAUCAUUUGUAAAAUGCGCUUGUUGCGAAACACCAAAUAUACAACUAAAGAAUAAAAAUAUUGAACCCAGUACAACUACAACCAACAUUUCUGGUUGGGGUGACAAAUUCAAACCCAAACCUGGAUCUUGGGAAUGUAAACAGUGCUUAAUUCGCAAUGAAGCUGAGCUUGAACAAUGUACUGCGUGUAAUAGUCUCAAAGAUGGAACUGUCAAAAAAUCAGAUGUCAAAUUAAAUGAUGCCCCAAAAUUCAAUUUUGGUAUUCCAUCGUCUGUUACACAAAGAGAUAGCACCAAUACAGUUAUUUUAAAAACCCCAGAACCUUCUAUAUUUGGUGCAAAUAGUAUUCAGAAAUUUACCUUUGGCAUUCCGAAAACCGAAACACCUAAAGUUGAAACAGCAACAAAAUCUCUUACCACACCAAGAAUAUUUAGUGUUACUUCGUUAAGUUCCGAAAAUGCUAGCCCCAUUAAUUAUAGUGUGAAGAAAAAUGAAACCGUGAGCAUAACUGCGACACCUGUGAAAACUCCCUUAUUACAAACUCCAGACACAAACAUUACAUCGUUUGGGAAUAGCAGUGGAACAUAUACAUUUUCAUUUAAACCUUCAACGGAAGGAAAAAGUCCAGUUAAAUCACCAAAGGAGAAUAAGGGUAAUGACAGUGAUGGCACUGAGUAUGCGUCUGAAGAUGAAGGACAUCACAUUCACUUUAGUCCUGUUAUUCCUAUGCCAGAUAAGAUUGAAGUUGUGACUGGAGAAGAAAAUGAAGAAGAGCUGUACAAUCAUAGGGCUAAAUUGUUCGUAUUUAAUAAGGAAUGGAAAGAACGUGGCCUAGGCAAUGUCAAAAUUCUGAAACAUAAGGAAACUGGCAAUCUAAGAGUUUUAAUGAGGCGAGACCAAAUCCAUAAAAUAUGUCUUAACCACAUAUUAGUGCCCGAAAUUAUAUAUAAACCAAAGGAUGAAAAAACAUGGCUUUUCUAUGCUAACGAUUUCAGUGACGGGGAAGUAGUUGUUCAACACUUUUGUCUUAGAUUCAAAAAUAAAGAAAUUGCAUUGCAGUUUAAAGACGCUAUAGAUAAGGCCUUAGCUGGAAAAAAAGAUUUUUCUGGAAGUAAAAACCUAUUGCCCAGCAAAGACAUAGAUACUGAAGAUGUUGUUUUUGUAUCAGAAAUUCAAGCUACAAGCGAGGAAAAGCAAAUGGCUAAAGAUCUUAUGUUACCUGAACACUUCUUUACAUAUAAAAACAAAGAGCCAUGUCCUGGUUGUAGAGGAUGUAAUGAAGAUGAUGAUAGCAAACCAAAAACCGACAAAGAUUUACAGAAAGCUUUAAAAUUGACUACAACAGAAAAUCUUUUAACCACAACACCGCUUAAGAACACGACAUUAGUUUUUCAGAGUCCAACCAGUUCUCUUUAUGGUACACCAAAUAAUUUUGAUAGAUCUUCCAAUACCACAAUGUUCCGCACCCCAUUAAGUGCUAUUAAAUCAAAUUCAACACAGGCUGCUUCAUUGGCAACAUCAACUUUUAGCUUCACAGAAGCUGAUUCAACAGAUAAGGAAAACACUUUAACAGAUAGUCCAAAUACAAAUAUCAACACACAACUAUUUGUAAGUGGCGGAGUACUGCAAAACCCAACAGCUAUAACUAAGACUUCAUCAAUUUUAGCUGCUCCAAAAUUAAGUGUGUUGCCAUCCUCUAAUGAUAAUUCUACUGGAACAAAACCAGGGCUUGAAGCUGAACCUACUAUUCCCUCAGAUGAAACUAAAUCUCUAUUUGGUGAACAUAAGUCGGUCUUUGGUGAUAAUAAGUCUGGUUUUGGUGAGAAUAAAUCAUUCUUUGGCGAAAAUAAAUCGAUCUUUCGUGAAAAUAAAUCUGUGUUUGGUGAAAAUAAGUCUAUCUUUGGAGAAAAUAAAUCCGUAUUUGGUGAAAAUAAGUCUAUCUUUGGAGAAAAUAAAUCAGUCUUUGGUGAAAAUAAGUCUAUCUUUGGUGAAAAUAAGUCUGGCAGCACAGGACUGUCGAAGUCUGUAUUUAGUUUCAAUCCUGAAAGUACCAAGGGAAAUUCUCAAACAACAUCUUUAUUUACUGAUACCAAUUAUUCUCAAGUUAACUUUUUCAGUAAUAAUUCUCAAGAAGGUAUAUUUGGCCCUACAGCUUUAAAAAAUAUUCAAUCAAAACCAUUAUUCGGAACUGGGACAUUUUCUUUUGGAGAUUCCAUUGAUAAGAAUCAGGAACAAGCGAAAACCAUCUUUGCAACUGCAGCAGCAAAAUAUUCAGAUUCUGACAGUAAAGUUAUUGAAAAUACCCAGCAAAAUGGAACCAAUGCUAAAAAUAUAGCGGAAUCUAUUAUAACUACUGAAAAAUCGGAAGCAUCAGGUGACGGAAUAAAUAAAACUAUUGAACCUGAAGUAAAGAUUGACUCUGCAAAUGAAACUUUAUUUAAAGUUGAUAAUUCAUUGACAUUUGAAGCACUAUUAUCAAGUGCCCCCACAAUAAAUAUAGAGAAAAAGCCUGAUUUCAAAUGGGAGGGUGCAGGGCAACAGCUCUUUGCAAAUACUUCAGCUAAAGAAUCCAACAAUAAGUCUAAGAACGACAGUGUUACGGCAGAUGACUCUGGUACAGCCGUUGCUGCUGAGGAAGAAUAUGAUCCUCAUUAUGAACCGAUUGUGCCCAUGCCUGAUAAGAUUAUUGUGACAACUGGUGAAGAAGAUGAGCAAAAAAUUUUCGGCGAGCGAUGCAAACUGUAUCGUUUCGACGAGCAGUCACGCGACUGGAAAGAGCGCGGUGUUGGUGAAAUGAAGAUUUUAUACCAUCCACAGCGCAAUAGUUACAGAUUUCUGCUGAGGAGAGAACAGGUUCACAAAGCUGUGUUGAACAUGCUUUUGUAUAUGGAUAUAAAUUUGUUGCCUUUGAAAAAUUCAACGUGUGCUUGGACGUGGGCGGGGCAAAAUUUUGCCGAAGGUGAAGGGGAGCAAGAAACUUUGGCAGCCAGAUUUAAAACUACUGCAUUAGCCACACUUUUCUACGACAAGGUCAAUGAGUGUGUCAGGAAAUUACAAGCCUCAGCGGCAGAGGCUAUACGGAAUGAAAAAGAAGGACGAGAGGUGAAAUUUGAGUUUAUUGCUCCACUGCGAUUGCCAAAGCAUUUGGGUGAAGGUGCCCGAGCAGAUAGUGCAGUUGUGUCAGUCGCGUCACUCCCGUCAGUCGCGUCGGUCGCGUCGGUUGCGUCAGUCGCGUCAGUCGCACACACCCCUGUAGCGCCUCAGUCAGACACGGCAGCUUCCACUGAAGCUGAGAAUGGCGAUGCACAGAAGGCUAGCGGAGGUGAAGCGAAACAAGUUCACUUUGAGGAGCCAGAGGAGGAUCAAGGGACAUAUGACGAUGAGGAUUAUGAGACAACAGAAGGCUACGAACAUUACUAUGAGGACGAGGAAGAGGAGGACUCGUCCAUGUACUACCCGUGCAAGACGGUGGUGAGGCCUCUGGACGCGCAGGACGGCGCGCAGGACACGUUCGAACAGACACAUGUGCAGGUGUCCUUCGACCACGACAUCUGCUCGCCCAAGAUACUCAUCACGGACUACAACACGGGCGAGAUCGUCGCCGACAUGCUCAUACACACUGACACCGAGUUCCAGCUGACCGAGGACACGUGCUCGUGGUCGGGCACGGACUACACGACCAACGCGUCUGUGGAGAAGGCUGUGACCAUCACUUUCCCUGACAGCGAGGCGGCUUUGGACUUUUAUGACAGCUGUGAGACGAGCAAAGCAGCGACUUACGCAUCAACAGAUCCAGAAUCUUAGACAUACAUGUUUUUAAUUAAUAUCUUUUAGUUGACUAUUUUUUGCUGAUGUUUAGUUACUAGUUAUGUUAUUGUAACGAAUGGUAUCGUGGUUUGUGUCUUGUCUCGUAGACUGGGAAACGUCUGUUAGAAUGGAUGUUUAUUAUCUUUUGUAUCUUUAAUGCUAAGUCAACUGGAGAUGUGAAAUUUUAUAGUGAUUCCAUUCAUAACUAAUUAAAUUAAAUAUUUAUGUCAGCCUGACAUACUACAUAAUUUAUAAUUACUGGUAUAAUUAAUUCAAAAAUAUGUUAAUUGGAUUAAAUCAAUUAAUGUAAUUUUAUUAUCAUUGUAAACUGUACCAGUGCAACAAUUAUGUUGAAAUUUCAUUAUAAUUUGUCAGUAAACCCACCUGGAUAAGUUGAAUUAUGGACAUCAUUAAAAUUAUCACAAAAAAGUAAUCAUAAAUCAGUGUAAAUUAAACUUCACGUGAUAAUAUACUUAAUUCAUAUUGUAAAAUUUUAAAUGUAAACCCAACUACAAAAUUAUUCAAUGAAAGUAUUUGACAGUAAAUGGAAUUUGUAAUAUAUUUCAGUAUCUAUUUGUUCCAAGAAAUAUUCCAGGAUUUCAUAGUAUAGACAUUUAUGAAUACAUUUUUGUAUAUUUACCAGUACUUGCCACUAACUGAAAAGAACUGUUAAGAUACAAAUCAAAAAAAUACAUAGUGGAUAUUUUCGAGAUAUAAUCUGUAUUUUAUCUAACAAGUAAUUGUAAAUUUUCUUACACUUUAAGUGAAUCAUUAUAAUACACAUGCAUGCUUGUAAUAGGGAUGAUGACUAGGUUUGAAUAUAUUGUUUUAUAUGAGACAUUUAGGUAGGUAAGUUAAAAUUACCUAAUUUAUACGUAAAAAGCAAAGAUUGUCUGGAUGUUUGCAAAAUAAAUAAGAUUAUAAAAUUUCUAAAUAUAUUAAAACAUUUUUCAUUAUAUAAACUAUAAACAUAAGCGCACAAAUAACAAAGAUAGUUUGAACACCCAUACAAAUGUAAUGAUCAUUAUGAUCGACGACGUCAUUAAUUCGUGCCAUUUUGUAUGGGGCGCUUUUAGGGAUUCGUGGCAGUGCCGCGAAUGUAAGGUCAUCCCUUUAAAUCCCUGUAGCUCCGAAAGUAAUGAUUGCUUUAUUAUAAGCAUACUCUUAAUUUAUAUACUCGUACAAUUUAAAAAACUGUUAUCAUCCCUGUUGUCUUAAUUAACGCAGGAUGCCAUUUGCAGUGCGUGCGAUAUUAUGUUCACUUUAUUUGAAUCUAAAUAAUUUUUUUAGACAACAAUAAGUAUAUUAAUUUUGUGAAAAGCUUUCUUCAUUGUUUUAUUAUUUAAAUGUAUGAUCAAUGUUGGUUUUACAUUCAAAGGUCACGGAAAAGUGAAUUUAUUAUUAUAUUUUUUUGUGAAUUUCACACAAAAUAGAAACUAGAAAGCGAGUUUCUUAUAUACUAUUAUAUAUUCUUAUAACCAUAAAAAAUAUGACAUCAAUUCACACAAUGUCAUAAUACACAAUAGUUAAUAUAAUUAUUUUUGUGUUUUAAAUUAGAAUCAUUUGAUUUAAAAUGUACCUGGUCUCAUGUAUAGAAAACUUAACCGAGUCUUGUUCGUAGUUCGCCCAGUGUAGUAUACACCAAACUUUUGUUCGCUCUGACAUUGCAAUACACCGAAUUAAGCAGCUAUUAGAACCCUGCUGAUUACACAGUAUGUAGGUUUAACAUGCUACCUACGACAUUCUCGGGAAGAGAAAAAGACAGUCUACCAAUGGCGAUCGUUCCGCAAAUAUCGAUAUCUCUUUCGUCCUAUCGCAAAGAAAGUGAAAGAUCGGGUCCGGUUCGACGCUAUUGGUCUACAUUAUGUCAUUUUGUCUUCACGAAAUUUAUGUCUUGCAUCACAUGUUAGGGGUAAUCGUUAUGUGAUUUGUCUAUAAUUCAAUAUAUUGGUUUGUGGUGGAGUGUACAACAUCGAAUUGUGCUAUAUUCCAGAUUCCAUAGCUUGCGAUAGGAUCGGGGAGACAACAUACAACAUCGAAUUGUGCUAUAUUCCAUUGUAUUGUUUUAACCAGUGGCUACUUUAAGUGAUAGUGUGUAAGGCUAUCACGUGAAAUUUAAAAUUAUGUUCAACACUUUAUUUUUUGUUAUGUAAAAUCAGAACUCGCAGUAUAAUCGUAAUCAAAAAUAUUAGAGUAUCAUAUAAUCGGUCAAAAUUACUUAAAUUGAUGUCCUUUAGGGUUCAUUUACACGAGCGGCCACUCUUCCGACGACCGCAGUCGACGGCAGUCGUCGGUAGCAGCUGCCACUCGUGUUAAUGAACACUUAGUCAAAACUAGUUACGGCAGUAUCGAUUUCGUCAUAAACAUACGUCGAAAAAUUCUCAAAAUGUUAUCGCCUCAGGUAGGUAUAUAAAAAGCUUUUAUUUUUAUGACUUCUAAAUUCAGGGAGGCUAGUUUAGCAAUGUAGAGGAAUAUUUUUUAAAAAUUUGUCUAUGAAGUAAUGUAGUAAUUCAUUUACACAACAGACAAAGGCCUCGUAAGGCCGCCGGUUUACCAUUUAUUUUGUAAUAAAUCAUUAAAUGAACAUCAUCUUCAACAUUAAUCAACAUUGUAGAUUGUAUUGUGAUUAGAAAGAAAAGAGAUCUGAUCAAUAUGAUAUAGGUUUUCCUUUAAAAGGAUCUUAAGUGAGUGCUUUUCUAGUUAUUAAUGUAAUUUAAGUAAAUGCUCGGGUUCAUAUGCAACAUGCCACAACCACGCGGGCCACGUGUUAAAAUAAAACAAAUCUUAGUAUGUUGUGUGCGUAAAAUUGCGGUAUAAGUAUGGACAGGUAGGUACAGGACUCCAUAGCUUGCGAUAGGAUCGGGGAGCGGGAUGCGGGAUGCAAGGGAGACCACAGGUGACGUGGGGGGGGGGGGGGUCGUAUAAAAUACUAUCUAUUUCCUUGACUACUUAUGUGAAAAUGACAUAAUUUGAGUAUAGCUGCCCCCCCUAGAUAGAAUCCUGGCUACGCCCAUGCACUAAGUAAGACUGAUACAAAGAAAUGCUUUAGCUAGGCGUCGCGUGGUGUAUGAUGGCUUAUUGUCUUAUGGAAUCCCGGUUGUGACCAUUGGUUUAUUGAAAUUGAUCAGGUCUUUUUCUGUUAAACGUAAGAGCGAGUCAUACUUUAUAUUGUAUUCAUUAGUAGUUAUUUAUUUAAAAAAAAAUAUUGAAUUGUGAUUUAAUAUUUAAUGAAAAGAUAUUUGAUAAUAAUAAUAUCAUUGAAUUGAAAAAAAAACUAAUGAACGCAGUAUUGUGACGUAAAUAUAAAGGGUGAAGGGAGUUGAGCCUGAAUCACAUAAUUAUUUUAUAGUAUAGAAAAUAUUUAUUUCGUGUGAAAAUUCAUACGCAUCGAUUUACAAUUUCUCGUACGUAGGCAUGUUUAUUGAUAUGAUAUUGAUCUAUGCAUAAAAACGCAAAUUUUAUGUGAUUCAGGUGUUAGGGUGCGUUUCCACUCAAGCGGCGACAACAGUCUAAUAUUGAAAUUAAUCAUGAUUUUUUGCACUGUUGUCUUGUAAACUUAUUUUGUUCGUUUAUUUCUUAUGAUUGGCAAUGGCUAUUUUUUCACGUUUUUAUGGCAUUCACAAUCAAAGUAGCGUUUAAAACACAUCAUCUAUCAUUUAGUCGCAUGCAGAACGAAAGGCACCCUAUGCGAUCCUAUUUUGAACUAGUUGCACAUAUGAAAAUGUAAUGCUAGGACUUGCUAGGAUUUCUUCUCUGUUAGAUCCGAUAAUGUAAAUCAGCUUAUAAAUAAAAUGUUGUAUUUAUA